AACACAAUGUAUACUCGAAGGACCAGAAUCAUAUUUUAUCUUUCUUCCAUCUCAUCCUUCCCUUGAGCCCUAAUUAGAACUUCUCUCCGUACUCUCUUUCCGAGCCACCGCCUGCCACCAGUUAUCGCCGUCCCCAUUCCUCACUGCCGCAGUCUAUCGAAAAGUCCCCGACUUUCUCUCUCUCUCCGGUUUUCGUUUCAACACAGCUGCGUCAGUAGGGCCGUCGUAGCACUGCCUCUGUUACCCGAUUAGAGGAAACCUUUGUAUCAGCUGGAUAUAAUACCAAAUCCUAUCCAGAGAAAUAUUAUCCUAUUCCAUAUAUGGCCCAUCCGCCCAAGAUCUUUACACCCACAUGGGCCACAUAAUACUCUGAGAAGAUUUGACUUUCUAGAUGAGUUACUUCUUUGCACGGCACACUUUUUUGUGCAAAUAUUGAUAUGGGAACCCAAAAUCUUCUGUGGGGUUUUGCUAAGAAGUGCUUCACGUGUGGGCUUGUAGCACUUACAAUUUCAGAUCGUUAUGCCAGUAUCGUUCCUGUUCGAGGUGCCUCUAUGUCUCCCACCUUCAAUCCCCGUAGCAGCUCUUCUGUGGGGUCAUUUGAUGACAGAGUUUUGGUGGAGAAAUUUUGCCUUCAAAAGUACCAAUUUUCUCAUGGUGAUGUGGUAGUUUUCUGCUCUCCUAGUGACCACAAGGAGAAACACGUAAAGAGAAUAGUUGCCUUGCCAGGUGACUGGAUGUCAAGUCCAUAUUCAUAUGAUGUUCAAAGGGUUCCAGAAGGCCACUGUUGGGUUGAGGGAGAUAAUUUUGCUUCCAGCAUGGAUUCAAGAUCCUUUGGCUCAAUUCCUUUGGGUUUGGUUCAAGGCCGGGUUACCCACAUUGUAUGGCCUCCCCAGAGAGUUGGGAAAGUGGCGACUAGAGUUCCUCAAGACAGACUUCCCUUGUGAAACUAUUUUUCAACGGCAGGUUUCUCUUCGUCAAGAAAAUUUAUUACUUGAUUGAUUUUUAUUCUGAGCAUUUGCUAGAGGUGCCAUUUUUGGUUGUACCAAGCUUAAUUUGUUUCGUCUCUGAGUUUUCCUUCUGUACCUUUAGACCAUGAUGUUAAGCUUAUGGCAGUCGUCUCUGAAUUUUGACAUGAUUCAUUAUUUCUUUUACACUCGUGGAUGCAUAUGUGGAUUCUUUUAUAUGAACCGAAUAUUUGCAA